AUGAAGACACGAUACACAUUCAUUCUUCGCCCCGGAGCGCCCUUCACCCUUGACCAGACGACGCUCACCUCCUCGUCCCUCUCCGUCCGGAACCUCGAUGCUGCACGCGAGGAACGCGUCACCUUCCCCAGCGAUGAAGAUCUUGAAAAAUUCCACGACCUCCAUAUCCGAUGGACGACGGAGCGGGCUCACGACACGUUAACCCCCUUUGCAAGUCGAGUGUCGGCGGGUUUGCAUGUGCUGUUUACACCGGUAGAGGGGGCAGAGACAUGUCCAUUACUUAAUGAUGCGUUUGGAGUCGAGUGCUCAGAGGAGUCCUCAAUCCAACCGCCUAUUCUCUCCUCACAGCGCUUCUCUCAGUUCUACUCUCUUCUACCCUCCCUCGAUCACUUUGUGGACUAUAUCCAGCGGAAAAUCUGUGGGGAAAGCUCUGGUGAUGAAUGCCGGACACGCUCCCACAGCCUCCUCUCUGCCGACUCCGUCGAUGUCGACUACGAUAGCAUUUUGCACACCCUGACAAUAACCGGACACUGGUCGCCGCCGGAGGGUGGAUGGACGGAAACGCUCGGCGGGGAGGGACGAAAUGUCGAGAUAGGGUUGUUGGGAGUUGAGAGCUCGAACGAGCCGGAGGAGGUCAAGGUUGGGGGGUUUCUAGCAGUGCUUGGACAAGACGAUAAGCUGAGUAUGAUUUCUACAUUGGGAAAAAGAGAGAGAUGGCUAAAAGCAAGAUGGAUAGAACCCACGCUCUUUUCCUUCCCAUCGCGCCACCACGCCCUCGAAACAAGCUACUCCGUCUCGUUUACGGCCCCGACAGGGCUACAUCCCACGAUGACCAUCUCCCUCCCCCGCAGGUCACUUCAACGCCCGGCCCUUGCCGCGCCGGAAGCCACCUGCGCCCUGCACACAUACCUUACGCUGCCCUCCACUGUUUUUGCGGACAAGUACCAGCUGUCGAGCGCGGACCCGCUCUUCCUCCGCUCGCACCGCCUGCGCGCUCUCCAUGCGGUCUCGGGCGAGACAGAUCUCGAGGCUCCAGAUUGGUCUGUCCCGUCGUGGGGGUCGACAUGGCUAUUAGAAAUCGACAGUUCCUCUCCUGAAGAAGAAGAAGAAGAAGAAGAAGAAGAAGAAGAUAGAAACGACACAGGAUCAUCCAUUGAAAGUGCAGACGAGAUGAUGAAUAUGACCAUCCCCCUUCACUUGCGGUACCUCCCCCCCUCUGAAUCAGGGUACCGCCCGGCGUCUAUGCCCUGGCCCGUGGUAUUCUGGGCCUGCACGAGCCAGGAAGAGACACCCAUGGGCGUGAACCCGUUCGACCGCGUGGAUCUCGGCUGGGACGGCCUGUUCGCUCCACGCACGACCUUCUACCAUCUCGCUCCGGGGGGGUCGAGCGGGCAAUCGCUUGUUUCGGAGAUUCCUGUGCCGGUUUUACAAUUAGAUGCGACGGGGCUGACCUCCGUCUCGAUCGAGUUGGGGACUGUGCUGGUUAUCUUGCUUGGGGUGGCGUGGGUGGUGUCGAGACUAGCUUUUAGUGUGAAGAGAAAGACGCAGUAA